GAGAGAGGCGAGAGGGGAGGAGAGAGAGGAGAGAGGGGAGAGGAGAGAGGAGAGUGCAGAGAGGAGAGUGCAGAGAGGAGAGUGCAGAGAGGAGAGUGCAGAGAGGAGAGUGCAGAGAGGAGAGUGCAGAGAGGAGAGGGGAGAUGCAGAGAGGAGAGUGCAGAGAGGAGAGUGCAGAGAGGAGAGUGCAGAGAGGAGAGUGCAGAGAGGAGAGUGCAGAGAGGAGAGUGCAGAGAGGAGCUGCAGAGAGGAGAGUGCAGAGAGGAGAGUGCAGAGAGGAGAGUGCAGAGAGGAGAGUGCAGAGAGGAGAGUGCAGAGAGGAGAGUGCAGAGAGGAGAGUGCAGAGAGGAGAGUGCAGAGAGGAGAGUGCAGAGAGGAGAGUGCAGAGAGGAGAGUGCAGAGAGGAGAGUGCAGAGAGGAGAGUGCAGAGAGGAGAGUGCAGAGAGGAGAGUGCAGAGAGGAGAGUGCAGAGAGGAGAGUGCAGAGAGGAGAGUGCAGAGAGGAGAGUGCAGAGAGGAGAGUGCAGAGAGGAGAGUGCAGAGAGGAGAGUGCAGAGAGGAGAGUGCAGAGAGGAGAGUGCAGAGAGGAGAGUGCAUAGAGGAAGAGGAGAGUGCAGAGAGGAGAGUGCAGAGAGGAGAGUGCAGAGAGGAGAGUGCAGAGAGGAGAGUGCAGAGAGGAGAGUGCAGAGAGGAGAGUGCAGAGAGGAGAGAGGAAAGGGGAGAGCAGAGAGCAAAAAGCAGAGAGCGAUAUUAUCCCUCACGACAGCAACUGGAGAUUAAAAUAAUAAAAAUAGUAAUAAUAAUAAUAACAAUAACAAUAACAAUAAUAAUAAUAAUAACAAUAAUAACAAUAAUAACAACAAUAAUAAUAAUAACAAUAGUAAUAUUAAUAGUAACAAUAAUAAUAAUAAACAAAAACGAGGGCGGAGAAGAGCGGCACAGCGACCGCACAAACUCCACAUCGCCACUCCCGUCCACCACCCCUUCCCCUGCCGCCCCUGCCCCUGCCGCCCCCGCUGCCCCUGCCGACCCUGCUGCCCCUUCUCCUGUGUCAGCUACAGCCUUCUGCUGGCCGGAUGAGGCAGUGGCGGUGGCUGGGGGGAAGGGAGAGCAGCACUUGCGGCGGAGCGCGUCAAACUGUUUGGCGAAGUAG